AUGCAAUAUCGGUGUCGCGAGCACGACCGUCAUCGUGGCUAUGAUCAUGGGCAACAGCAAGUGCAGCCGCAGCGUCGCCAGCAAGUUGGAGGCCAGCGCAGGCCUCGCAUUCGUGUCGGGCUUGGUCGCCGCGUUGCGCCAUCGCAGCGACUGCACCCGCGCGUUUAUGCAAUGGGGCGAACGUUCAGCGUGUACCAGACCAAGGAGCACCCGGACCCGCCCCGCGUCUACGAUGUGCCCGACGACUGCAUCUGA